AUGUCACAGAAACGUCAACGAGCUGACGGUGAAUUUAACCUUAAAGAAGCAAAUUCCAUUGAAACUUCUGACAAAAAUGUUGAUUUUUAUGAAAGUUACUUUUUGAAUUUGGUUCAAUUCUCCAAUAGCGAACUUGAUGCUAUUAUUGAAGAAAAAAAAUCUCAUAAUGCUGCUUUGAAAGCUCAAAACAAGGAAUUAAAGGAAAAAUCUGAGCAACUGGAUCUUGAAAAAGCAGAGUUGGUCUCAUGUUUGUUUAAGGAAAAUGUUUACAACGAGAAAACAAAAGAAACAUUUAAUGAGUGGAGCAAAAGCUUGAUGGCAUUUCAAUCCAAAUAUAAUGACCUGGUGGAUCCAUUUAAUGAUGCCAAAAAUGCUUUGAAUAAAACACGAGACGAGUACAAGAAUGCUGUUUCGAUGUACAACGAUCGAGAGCAGAAAAUAACUGAUUAUCAAAAGGAAUUGGAUGAGAAACUUAUUCAAAAAGCUGAAGAAGUUGAAGCAGCUCAAGUAACAGCAGACCAAACUCGACGAUCAAGAGAUGCAGCAGCAUUGGAGUUGGAAGAACAAAAGAAACUCCUAGAUCAAGCUAAGGAAGAAGUUCAAAGAAUGAACGAAGAAUUGAAUAAGUUUAAUAUCGAAGAUUUGUUGUUGAGAGCUGAUCAGUUGGUAAUUGAGCGACAAAUGAAGAACGAUUCAAUCACUGAGCUUCAAACUCGAAGACAUCAACAAGAAAACGAAGUCAGAGAAUCUGAAAUGAAACAAAAUGCAAUUCAGUGCGAUAUUCAGUCAUUAGAAAAUGAAAUUGACGAGACAAAGAAUCAAAAUUAUAUUCUGGAAAGACGACUUGAAAGUCUCAAAGAAAUCUCCGAGAAAAUCAUCCAAACAAACUUUGAACGACAAAUACGAAAAGUUGAAUCUGGAAAUUUCCGUUUGGUUGAGGAAUUAGAUAAAAAGAUUCAUAAAACUAAUGAAAAUUUGGAAAUUAUCGACAAGUUGAUGAUGGAAAAACGUGAAAUUCAAAACAAAAUCCAAGGCCUUGAAAUUUCAAAACUUCAAAAGCUCAAUCGCAUUGAGGAACUCGCCUAUCAAAUUGCAGACAUUCCAACUGAAAAUAAAACUCUUCUCGAUCAGCGAGUAAAAAGUCUGAACCAAAUCAACGAAACAAAGACAAAAAUUGAUUCAGUUAAUCAAGAAAUGAAGAAAAUUCAUCAACAUUAUGAGAAGAAGAUUUCCAAGGAACAUCGCCGACAAGCUUUGAUGGGUUUCAUCGACAGCGACAAGAAAUCUUCUCAAUCUGGUAAAUCCAGUGAUGAAUCAGAAAAAUCAAUGACAAAAGUUUCUGAAGAAGUCGCUGAAAUUGGUUUGAUAAAGAAAAUUAAUUUCGACUCUUCCUUCAGUAGUUCAGUGAAUUAAAUUUUCCUUUUAAUUCAUCAUCACAAAAUAAAUCGAAUUGAUGCUAACAAAAUGUUCACUAAAACUGAAA